AUGACCGCUAAAAAUAGCCAAGAGAGCCAGUACCGUCUCUCCCAGGAUGAGAUUGACCAUUUCUUGCGGCAUGGCUACGUCCGCAUCCCCAAUUGUUUCUCACGAGAGAAAGCGGCCGAGUGGACAGCAGAGGUGUGGACACGACUAGGCUAUUCUCCGACCGACAAAUCGACCUGGGCCGCCGAACGUAUUCAUAUGCCCGAUCACAAAUCGGAGCCGGUGCAGACCUUCGCCCCCAAAGCAUGGGCCGCGAUUUGUGAACUCCUUGGCGGCGAGGAUCGUGUGGCGGCGCAUUCGGCCGUCUGGAACGACGCCUUCAUUGUCAAUUUGGGCACCCCGGAGUCUGAGGGCAAAUGGCCCCAGCCAGCCGAACUGACCGGCUGGCAUGUCGAUGGCGACUUUUUUAUCCAUUUUCUCGACUCCCCUGAACAGGGACUGCUGGUCAUCCCGUUGUUUACCGAUAUCCAGGAACAUGCUGGUGGGACCGUGGUUUGCUCAGACGCGAUUGGAAAGAUGGCUCAGCAUUUGUACAAUCAUCCGCAAGGCGUUUCUCCGUACAUGGUUCCUCGAGGACAGCCUGAUGACCAGAGUGGUGACUUUUACGACACCGUCAUUCAGCAAUGCCAUGAAUUCCACGAAAUGACUGGUAACAUUGGAGACGUGAUUCUCCUUCAUCCCUUAAUGCUUCACUCUGCCUCAGUCAAUAGUUUGAGGAUUCCUCGGAUCAUUACUAACCCCCCGGUCUCACUCAAACAACCCUUCAACUUUGAUCGUUCAGACCCAAGCCAGUACAGCAUCGUCGAGAGAAAGACUCUCCAGGAGCUCGGCAAAACUCGUCUAGAUGGUUGGACUAUCCAGGGUGGUAGAGCACCGGUGGUCCCUGCGAGACUCCGGAGCCAGGAACGGAUGAAGCAGCUGGAAUUGGAACGCCUUCAAACUUCCCCUGAGGCGAACCGUUCCUCCACUAGCAGGGAUAGCGCCCCCCCGAAGGUCCCUACUGAUACUAAACUCAGGCGAGUAGCGCGGGUGCGAGAUCAAUGCAAUCUCAGCUAA